UGUAGACUGUCAUCAGUCGAGCAAUCAUAUGGUUCUAAAGUGUACAUAGUGUCAAAAUUUUUAGUAAAAUGUCGUAAAUUUUCGUAAUUUCUUCUCCGCAUGAAAAAAUAAUCGUUCGCUUCACUCAUGAUGGAUCACUACAUGCACUGGUCAGAUUACGAAGACAUAAAAGAACAACAGUCACGCGAACACCUCAUAGAACGUCUACAAGGAGCCAGAAACAAACUAGCACCGAUCCUUGACGAUGUGAUAAUGUCCGCUUCCGAAUUAAUGAAAAGAGGAUGCUUCGAAGACUGGAUGCUAACACCCGAACAAUACCAAGACAUAAUCUGGGCGUCGCAGAUUUUACAAGAAUGUGAUUAUACAAAGAGUGACAGAGAUUAUACACUGGCAAACGUAGAUGUGAUAGUCAACAAUGUAAGUGUAAACGGCAAAAUGAUGUCUGUUAAAGAUAAAUCCAUCAUUAUAGAUGAAGCAACAGUGUUAGAACUUUUAGAACUAUACCAGAACAUGGGUGUAAUUAUUCAAAGGCUCCUUACUGACGGUGUUAGAGUUAACGACUCAGUGGCAGUUAAGAGUUCAGAAAGAGUUAAAUCGUCGCGAACAAGCAUGGAACAUUCAAGAUCGGCUGUUCAGGAACCUGAAGAGGAUUAUGACGAAUUCAGAGAGAACAUGAAGAGGAUGUCUAGUAAACAAGUGUCGACACCAUCGCCAUCGUCAACAUCAUUCACAGAAAUGCAAGAAGGCAAGAGUCACUCAAGAUCAGCAUCGUUUACGGAGACAGAUAUGCAAGAAGACAUGCCGGAAGAAACCGACAGGGAUGUAAACCCUCCUGAAAUCAAAUCAACGCUUUCUGCUUUAGUGAACAAUUCUUCUGGUGAUCUGCAUAAAAAAAAGAGCGAGAAUGAAAUUGUAAGUGAUUAUGACGAUGGUUCUAAGAAAAAAUCCAAAAGUGAUAUUAAUGAACCUUCGGUCUUCAUUAACAUCAGAUGCUUUAGUGAUUAUUCGGACGCAGAAUACGACAGUGCUGAUGGAAAAGUUAUAAAGUGUGCUAAAGAUUGUCCUUCACAUUAUCAUAUCAAACUAGAUGGUGAACCCGUGACGCUUAAAAUGAAUCAGAACAAUGUUGAAGAUGGCACUGUGUACUGCAUCAAUACAGGAGGAGAUGCGUCGGACGAAAUCAGAAUUAUCAUCAAGCAGUGUCCAGAAUGCAGGUCCACUGUUAUUGGGUCUUCUACGAGAAUUAGAGAAACUACAGAGACUGGAGAAUCUCACGAAUCCAUUACUUUGCACGGAAAGCAAGGAGAUGAGAGCAACAUGGCUUAUUCUUCUGACGAGAACGAAUCGCUUAAAGAGAGCGAAAAAUGUAAAUGUCUUCAGAAAGGGAGAGUUUGCACGGAUAUCUCCAAAGUUAGAUGCGAAGAAUUUUCUUCUCCGUGCUCUUGCACUGAUACCGACUUGUCUCGACUUAUCAGUGAGCGCAAAAUGGCAAGCAGACAUAGUGUCAGAAGUGGCGAUACAAUUGAAAGCAAACAGCGAGUUGGGAGCGACAGGAGUGAGUCAAAGAUGGACGUACUCAUAGAUUCGGACAACGUGGAUAAAUCGACCGUGAGAGUUCACGAUGACGACAGAGAACCUUCUAUGCAAAAAUUACCAAGCAAAAUUAUUAGACAGCAGAGUUCGUUAGCGCUUACUAGAAGACGGCUUUGUUCGUCCAUGGAGUUCGACGUGACGACAGUUCACACAAGACUCCGAGAUCGCGAAAUUCAACACGGCAAUUCUCACAUUGUAGUGGAACUUAAGAAACUAGGGGUCGACAAGAUUUUGAGGGCUUGUAGACCUGCCAAAUGUUGCCGCAAAGCUAUCCUUGACGAAAGGCAAAGAACCGCACUACCAUACUGCGUUAGCUUAAAGUCGUUGCCGCUGAUGGGUAACGAUGUUGAGGUGAUCAAACAGUCGAUCGAUAUGAGCGUAAAGAAAAUUAAGAACUCGAUGGACCUUACUCAAGCCCAUAAAGAUAAAUUAGCUUUUUACGUUAGUUUAGGCAAAGACGAUUUUAAACCUAAUUUCGAUUUUCCGUGGGUAAUCCCGCUUUACGACGUUAAACUUAGUAAGACUAAACAAAGCCAAGACAGAUUUUUUGUUCUGAAGAAAAAUGAAUCAAUUCCGACGCAAACAGAACCCGUUAACGUCGAUGGAAGUAAACAUAAAACGAACAAGAGCACUAAAAGUAGCUCGGGAUAUCUAUCCGGGAAGAAAUAUUUUCUCUUGAAGAAACCCACAAGUAAUUCUACUAGGUUGGAAAGGUUAAGACUUCGUAAACGCGACUACGCUAGUCAAAGAAGAGUUAGAUUCAGGCAAAAGAACAACUCGAGUGACUACAGCGAACAGAACUGUGUUAUAAAGACGUGCCAUCAGAAGCGGAGCAUCUACAAGAGCAAAAACAUUUGGAGUAGUAUUAGUCACGAUGACUGGAAUUUCAUAUUUGCUCAAGAUAACAAAGAACUGGGUCUGAGCAACGUAGAUUUCACAUUCGGACAAACAAGAAUUUCGAAACGACACUACAGUAAACCGUCUUCGAAGGUUUCCGUACAUUACGAGGAACUAUCACAUUUAACUAAAUUUGUUUGUCCUCAAUCAAAUAUUGAACAUACUUGUAAUCUACUUACGAAAGCAUCUUCCACUGUGAAGCCGUUAGAGCGUGGAGACUACUCAUUUUCGUCCAUAAGUAGUGUGCUAGAUGUCCGCGUCGGCGAUAAAAAGUCAGAACUGUCAAACUUUGAACUAAAGAGAACGAAACUGAUUAGCCCUAAAUCAAUGCCCAAUUUUUGGAAACGCGUUUCCGAAGAAUUAUAUUACACCUCGAAUGCGUUGACGGUUUGUAUGCGUCGAUCCCAGAGCUUGACGAAGUGUCAAAAUGUUGCUAAAGUACCGCAAGUGCCUCAAUUAGAAGAACCGAAGGAAUUUAGACUUUCGAAAGCACAAGAGAGCACAAAUCAGAUUAAACUGGAGUACUACGUUGCUUUAGUAAAUGGAGAUUUAGUGUGGAGCAACAAACUGCCACUAGAACCACAAAACUUUACCACUUUCUACAACCAUUCUAACAAAACCAAAAAGGGUGACACGCCUGGUACUCCCGUGGAGGACCCAAUGUUUGCCACUCGGGUCACACCCGAGGAAAGAGCCCGUCCAAUGCAGUCUAGGAAGCGACGAAACCCCCACAAUAACUCACCCAGCGAUAGCAGAAGUACCAUAUCAGAGCUUCCCAUGGAACAAGUGGCCCAAAGUCAAGCUCAAAGUUCGCCAUCGCGUCGUGGUAAGCCGCCUGCAGAACUUGCGUCAUACCCCUUAGGGCCGGAAUCGCAGGAGGAACUUUGGGCCCCGCACUUGGUCAGCGAAAUCUCGCUACCAAGAGUUCACGAACCAGUAAAAAAACAAGAAGUGAAAAUAGUAGAAGCGGAACCAGAAAAACCAAAAAGCGUAUGCUCAGAGAAGACCGUGUGCAUGGGUAACAAUUGUACAGUUUGUAAAUCGACACCCAGCGGAUCAAACAAGAAAUGCUUUGGAGGGGAUAUAAAAAUCAAUAUAAAAAAGACAAAAGAUAAAGGUGUUCGGGUUUCAGGAGCGGGCGCGAAGUCUUGCAACAAAGAAAUUUGUGAAAUUUACAAAAAUAAGAACCUGAUGCCUGACAAACCGGGGACAAGCAGCGUGAAAAAGUCGAAAGAUAGUUGCCAGAAAUUCACGAUCUCUGCUAAAGAAAACAUCGAAAUUUAUAUAAAUGACAAAAAAAUUUGCUUGGGUAAAAAUAAGGGUAAGAAGUAUCCGAAGGAGUCGUGGCCGGAAAAAAAGGAAGAUGAUAAAAAUUAGCCUAUACAUAGUCAUAAAUAAACGAUUUAGGGGUUUUUCUUAGUUCUUGGUUGAUACAAAGUGUUUCUGGUGGCCAUUAAGUUGCCUGCUUUUAGAGUUUGCGAGUUUUCAGUUUUAGUACGUCGUUCGAUUUAUGAGUUGGAGGCUGAUGAAAGAAUUUAAUAGAUGUGUUUUAUUAAUCUCUCA